AUGGCUCACGCAUGGUCUGAUCUCCCCUCCGUCCUCUCAACAGCCAUCUCCAAAGCCAACAAAGCCGCCGAAACCGAUGGCGAAUUGAAAUCUUUCGCAACAACGAACGCUAUCACUCAACCCGCAACUUUUGGUAUCAAAGCUGCUGGCUCCGACAACGCUAUUGUCGUGACGGUCCAAAAUGGGAAGGUUGAUAUCACAGGCGGUACGACGAAGAAUUGUGCUUUUGCUAUUAGUGCGUUGCCGGAACAGUGGCAGGAGUUUAUGAAGCAGACUCCUGUUAUGCCUUAUCAGUCUUUUUGGGGAAUGUUUGGUAUGAAUAUCAAGCAAGAGGGGAUUUCGAUUGAAGGCGAUCAGACGGAGUUUGCGAGGUGGACUCACAUUUGGCGUAGAGUUCUCGAACUUGUUCACGAUGCACACAGCGGUGUUACACCAGCCGAUAAAGAGCCUGAGACUGAUGUUGAUCACAUCGUUGGUCGAUACGUAUAUCUCGACAACAUCCCGCUCUGGGGCCGCUGCAAGGUCUUCUACGAACAAUCUGGCGAAGGCGAUCAGGAUAUCGUCUUUUUGCACACUGCCGGUUCAGACGGACGUCAAUACCACGGCGUUCUCAACGACGAAAGAAUGAGAAAGAAGUGUCGCAUGACAGCUUUCGACCUACCCGCCCACGGCCGCUCCUUCCCCUACUCAACCUUCCACCCGGGAAACCACACCAACACCGAAGACUCCUACGUCGGGUGUAUCGCGGCCCUGAUCAAAAAGCUCAACCUCAACAAACCCAUCGUCUGCGGCGCCUCCAUGGCAGGCCAAAUUUCCCUCGCCUGCGCAAUCCGCUACAAAGAAGUCGGUUGCGUUGGAACGAUCCCGCUGCAAGGCUCGGAUUAUUUGGAUAUGGAACGUAGCUGGCAUGAUCAGUCUCCGCAUGUGAAUCAGGCGCUGUAUAAUCCGGAAUGGAUUUAUGGGAUGAUGAGUCCUACGGCUCCGUUGAAGAAUAGGCAGCUCAUCUGGCACUUGUACUCCGCACAAGCUUAUGGUAUUUUCCACGGAGAUCUGGACUUCUACUUCGGUGGCUGGGAUGGACGUUCGAGGAUGAAAGAUAUCGAUACAAAGGCUUGUCCUGUUUAUAUGUUGACGGGUGAAUAUGAUUGGAGCAAUACACCUGCCAUGUCUCAGGCUACUUGCGAUAAGAUUCCUGGUGGCAAGCACCAAGCGAUGAAAGGACUUGGGCAUUUCCCUGCGACCGAAAACCCAAAGGUAUUUGUUGGAUAUCUCCUCGAGGCCAUUGAUCAUAUCCAGAAGACGCGCGCAUAG